GUCACAGAAGCAGUCCCGAUACGGCGUAUAAAUAGUGGUAUGGAAUGUGUUGGACGGCAUCAGACAAGUUCAAGUUUUCGAACCUAAAGCACCAGAUCCAUAAUCAAAAUGUUCAAAUCCGCCGUCGUCGUUCUCGCUCUCGUCGCCUGCGCUGCUGCCAAGCCUGGACUCCUGGGUGCUCCCCUGGCAUACACUGCUCCUCUGGCUUACUCUGCUCCUGCUGCCGUGUUAGCUGCUCCCGCUCCAGUUGUGACCGCCACCAGUAGCCAGGUGAUCGCCAGGAACUACAAUGGAAUCGCCGCUGCUCCUGUGAUUGCUCCCGUUGCUGCUCCUCUGGCUGCUCCACUGGUGGCCAAGUACGCGGCUGCUCCUCUGGCUGCUCCAGUAGUGGCCAAGUACGCGGCCGCUCCUCUGGCUGCACCUCUGGCCUACUCCUCGCCAUUGGCUUACUCCGCACCACUGAGCUACGCCGCUGCUCCUGCACCAUUUCUCAUCUAAAUGUUUACGCUGUGAUUAUCUAGGACGAUAAAUGAAUAUAUAUAAACGCUUAUAUCGAUUAUAUGACCUCACA